GGUAUUGCUUAAGCAGCUGUAUUUCCUGCUUGCAGUUUCCAGUCGAAGCGAUGGCAGGAGUGAAAGCUUCCUUGAUUUGCGGAGUUGUGGCGGUUUGUCUGAGUUCGGCGGUGCUUGCAUUUGUUGAAGACCUGGAUGACACAUUUAAAGACACCAGGGUGAAUGACGUCUGGCUGGUUGAUUUCUACGCUCCGUGGUGUGGGUACUGUAAAAAACUGGAGCCAGUAUGGUACGAUGUGGGGGCCGAGCUGAAGAGCUCCGGGUCGCCGGUUCGGGUGGGAAAGAUGGAUGCUACGGCUUACUCUGGAAUGGCGUCAGAGUUUGGUGUUCGUGGUUACCCGACGAUAAAACUAUUAAAGGGUGAUCUCGCCUACAACUACAAGGGACCAAGGACAAAAGAUGAUAUUGUGGAGUUUGCCAACAGGGUGGCGGGACCGGCCGUGCGGGCGCUUCCCAGCAGGCAGAUGUUUGAUCACAUGAUGAAACGGCACGACGUGCUUUUUGUGUACGUCGGCGGGGAGUCUCCCCUCAAAGAGAAGUACAACGAUGUAGCCUCUGAGCUUAUUGUCUACACUUACUUCUUCUCGGGUUCGGAGGAAGUCUUGCCAGAGUCGGUGUCCUUGCCAGAGCUUCCUGCAGUUGUAGUCUUUAAGGACGGAGGCUACUUCACUUACGAUGAGUACGAGGACGGUGGCUUGUCGUCGUGGGUGAACAAGGAACGCUUCCAGGGAUACCUGCAGAUUGACGGCUUCACGCUGUAUGAGCUGGGAGAAACAGGGAAACUGGUAGCGAUUGCAGUCAUCGAUGAGAAGGACCCCACGGAGGAGAGUGGCAGAUUAAAGACCUUGAUUCAGAGGGUGUCGAAGGAAUACAGGGAACAUUUUAACAGAGACUUCCAGUUUGGCCAUAUGGACGGGAAUGACUACAUCAACAGCCUUAUUAUGGGCGAGGUGACAGUGCCCUCCGUUAUAAUCCUCAACACAUCCAACGAGCAGUACUUCCUGCCCAGCGAGCCGACUGAGACCAUGGAGCAGCUGGUCCAAUUCAUCAACAGUGUUUUGAACGGCUCUGCACAGGCAUACGGAGGUGAUGGCAUCAUUCAGAGGAUCAAACGCGUGGCCUUUGAUGCCAAGUCCACCAUUAUGUCUGUGUUUCGCAGCUCACCACUGCUGGGCUGCUUCCUGUUCGGCCUACCGCUGGGUGUAAUUAGCCUGAUGUGCUAUGGCAUCUGCACAGCUGAGACGGAUGACGGUUCGGAUGACAUGGAUGCGCUCAAGAGGGAGGGCCUGACUGACGAAGAGGAGGACGAGGAAGAGGAGGAGGAGGAGAGGCAACAGGCCGCUGAGCUGGAGGGCCCCGAAGAGGGAGAAGACGAGGAAGGGGAUGUUGGGGAGAAGGAUCCUGAAGAGAAGAAAACCGAUUAACGCAGGGGUACCCGCAGGAUAGAGGAUGAUAGGCCUAGUCAAAUGCAGUGACAUGAAACUCAAAGACAUAUCAAUGUAUUGCUCUUCUGCUUCUUUGUUUUUCGUCUCACUUCCCCUCAGAGCCCCUCUAGCACAGACUGUUCUCCCAUCUUCGAGUUCUGUGUUUCAGAGUGUGAGGUCGGCUGCUAGGCAAAGCAUCUGAAUUACAUUAAAACUAACAGCCUUUUUAAUGAUGCGGUGUAAACGCAAUGCUCGUGAGAGGAUGUGAACCAAACAUACCACCUUAUUUAUUCUGAACCAGUGGUUUAUUCCAUUUGAUGUGUGACACUUUUUGAAACCACUUAAAUGCCCCAAUUGUAUCAUUUCUCGUCAUUUCCCAAAUUAUCCUAUUUUCCCUUUUUGUUUCUAAUUUACCAUAAUAUCCUGGAAUUGCCCUUCAGAAUUAGUAGAACAUAAAAGCACUGAGAUAUUUUGUUAGAAUCUGCCCAAACCCCCAAGUGUAGGCUUGCAUAUAGUUAUUGAUGUGUGUAGAUCGCAAAGGAAGUGCCCAAGAAGGAAAAUCCGCCAUAAAUGACAUGUGCUUUUUCUAUUGUAUGUUAUUGCCUAAGAUAUUCCUUCUUUUUCUUCUCCUAGAGGUGCAAAGUGCUGAGACAGUCGUGCAUUUCAAUUUAUUUCUCUGUCAGCCACCUAUUUGUGUCCAUUUAUGUUGAAAGAUGAUAAAAAGAGCCAGGAUGGCAAUUUGUAUCACUCUGUGAUACUGACAAGAAAAAAAAAAAAUGGCAGCUGGACAUUUUCUUUUAACCCAUUUCCACCCAACAUGGCCAACCUGCUAAAACAUCCUUGUAUAGACGGGUUGUACCUGCCUAGCAAAAGCCAUAACAUGCAUCAGUGACUCCUGUGGCUCUUAACAACUCGUAUUCCUCAGAUAGACAGGCUCUGUCUGUUUUCAUAUUUCAAUCUGUCCUCCAUCACUGGCUCCUAUAUUGAAUUCACAUGGCAGUUUGAAGUUUGCAUCCCAAUGCAGUGAGACGUACACUGAGCAUAUCAUAUAGAAUAUUAGUUGUGCCUCCCCUCCUUUUUUUCUUUUUUUUUUUUCUGUAAUUGUAACCCACCGUAGAAUUUUUUUUCCCUAUUUUCUAGCCCUACGACUGAAGUGUAUGUAGUAGCUAAAAUCGUGUUGGGGUAAUGGCGCCUUCUUUAACUCAAAGACACAUUUCACAAAAAGAGCAAUUGUUCCUAAAACCCGCUACGCCCAGUGUAAUGCAAUUUUUAUGAAAAAUUCAAAGUGCAGUGCGCCUUUUUGGAUCAGGGGUCCGGUGAGGGAAGUCAAAGCACCUGAAAACAUGUUUCACAAACGUGAGUGUGUGCGUUACCGAGUGGUACGUGGAAAGACUUGACCUGAUUUUUGGUAUAGACUCAUCUGCUUCCAUGUUGGACAUUCUGGCCCAUACGCUUUCUUUUCUUCUCCGUUUUCAAGGCUGCAUCUGUUCAAAGGUAAUAAAAAAGUAAGAAAUCUGCCAGUGAUCAAAAUAAACUACAGGGAUUUCGUAGUGCUGUUGUUGCUCCGCGACUUUGGCACGACUUAACGUAAGCACACCUGUUCUUGACACUCACAGAGGUUUUCUGUGUUACUACUGUGAAACUGCACUAAAAUGGAAACCAUGCCCUAGCCUUGCCUUCUGGUCUUUGUAGUUGCCUACCAUUCUCUGCCAAACUUCCUCCUCGGGUUUGAAUUGAGAUUGUCACACUUUAUUACUGGUUUGAAAGAUUAAAAUAAAGAUUGUCCUCUUUUUUUUUU